AUGGAAAGCACCACCGGGGGCGUGAAUGCAUCUUCUCCCUGUGACUCAGAUGUGCUGAGUCCCUCACAAUCAGGCUAUACUAAGAAAGAGUUUAUCACGAUGCCGCCAGAAGAAAAGCUGAAGCACUUUGAGAGCCGAGCACAGGCCCGUGGUGACAACCAAGAGUUUGAUGCUUGCAUCCAGGACCUGGUGCGAUGUGUGGCUCUGACUAGGCUGGUUUAUGGGGAGGGGCAUCUGAAACUAGCCCAGGCUCAUGCCAGACUGGCUAAAGCAUAUUUCCAGUUGAAAGGCUGGGGACUGCAGGCCCAGGAGCACUGCACCCUGGCCAGAGAACUGCUGCCUUUCUGCUCCACCAUCGCCUCCUGCAGGGAAGAAAAGCUUGAGAUUCUCAUGUGUCUCCUGGCCAUACACCUCACACAGGGAGCUGCCUCACUGCUUACGGCCAAUCUUGAGGAGGCAGAAUCCUCUUUUCUGGAGGCAGAACAAGUUGUUGAGGAGCUUCAUCAACGCGGUGGCAUCAACCAGGAAGAGAAGAUAAAGACUAGGCUGGAAAUCUCCACUGGUCUAUCCAGGGUCUAUCAGAGACAGAACAAACCAGAGGAGGCAUUGAGCCAAUGUGAGAAGUCUCUGCAACUGCUGACAGACUGCAGUCAGCCAGAGAAGAUGUGCUCUGUCUAUAGGGACAUGGCUGCCGUUGAACAGGACAAAGGUCAUUUGGGCCGAGCAGUAGAGCAUCUCUCCAAGGCUCAUGCCAUUGCUAUGAGUCACAGCCCAGAGGAGCUGGAGGGGGCUCAGAUCUCCCACAGCCUGGCCCUCAUCCUCUCUGCUGCAGCAGAGCCCCAUCACAAUGACUCUGCGGGUCAUUACUUUGAGCAGAGUCUAAGUGCAUACAAAAACUCUGCAGGUCCACACGAUCCAGCCUUCCUAGCUGCACAGGAUGAUUUCUGUCGUUUUCUUCUCUUCACUGGCCAGCAAGAGAGAUGUGUGGAGAUCCAGAGAGCUUCUCUUGCUACAAAGAGAUUGACAUUCGGUGAACUGAGUGCUGAGGUAGCAGACACCCUUCAGCUCAUAGGAAGUGUGGAGAUGACUGAGGGCAGGAUGAAGCAGGCCCACAGGACCAUGACAAAGUGCCUGGAGAUCCAGAGUUUGUUGUAUGGUCCUCAACACAAGAAGACAAAAGCUACACUAAAAGCUGUGGACAUGUUGGCCCGGGCACCAGAGGUGGCUGAGAGACAACAGAGGCAAGGUAGAAGGAAAACAAAACCUCACACAUUUUCAAUUGUACCAUCCAGUGGCAAUGAUGGAAACUCUGUCUGACUCUUGAAGUGUUCUGUCUUAUUUUGUCACAAUAACCUUGCCAGUUUGGACCAAGCACUACUGACACACUUGUUUUUAAAGGUGCAGUGUGUAAGGUAGAAUUUUAGUAAAAAAUGUUCACAAUGAACUAAUUAUCAACGGAAUGUGAAGGACAGUUCAGACAUUAUGUCAAACGAUGUAUUGUGUUGCAGAGAUAUCUACCGAAGCUAGCAUGCUAGCCAGCUAGCCACAGCCCUUCCUGUCUCAUAGUACCACUUUGUACCUCACAAGGUGAUACUCAAAUAGUAUAGCUCAGAGAUAUGUGAUGAGCUCACUAUGUUUCACAAACUCUCAGCUUUUUUUGUCUUAUAGAUAAAUAGAUUCAUUUUUAUUACUAUUCAUAAAUUAGACAGAAACAUACAACCGCACGCCUUCUGAAUUCAAGUUUCUCAAGUCAUCUUAAAACGAACUUCAUUCAAACUCACCAAAACCGUCUUGGUUUUUCUUUCCACUGUUCCAACUAUCACCACCUCUGGUUUGGUCGAAACAAACCCUUAAUGUGUCAGCUAGUAGGGCCACGAGCUGCAUGGCUACAUGAGCUAGCAGCUACAUCCAUAGAUAGCUACAGCAAAGAGUACAGUGAGAAACAGAUAGCCAUUACUCUGGUGAUAUGCUGCCCCCUAUUUUUUUGGCGUGACUGUCGACAGGUGGCCAGUUUUUACACAUUACACCUUUUAAAAGAAAUGUAUAUAUCUGUUAGACAAUGCAGACAGGUACCACUGCUGAAAAUUACCUUCAGUUGCUCUGGUCACGUCCACUGACACUACAAGAGUUUGUGUCAUUUUGUGCAUGAUGUAAAAUGUGUUCGCUUUGAAGAAAUACUCGCACUCAGAAAACAUACUCACAAUUAGUUUUAAUUAUGGUAAGAUAUUAAUCAGUUUCCAAACAAGGGCUGGAACCAUCCAAACCAAAAAUGCAAGUUGUUCAAUCACUAUGUCAAUAAAAGCAAUGAUUCUGGGAUAUCCAUGGUGACAAACACUUGUUGAACAGUUUACUUAUUAAACAUUCUUUAUAUAUCAAUAGAUUUUCAGUUUGCGGAUGUACAUGUUUUUUUAUGAUGUGAAAUGGCACAUGGUAUUCAGAUUACACUGUGUACAUACAUAUACAGUAACCUAACAAAGAUUCCAUAUUAAACCACAUUUU